CACAGAUUAUCUACUUACUUAAUUAUAGAGAUAAAUUAAGACUUCUAUAACAAGUGGUCUAAGCAAUGCAUAGAAGAUUUUUUUUUUUGAAGUGUGAAGUAAAUAAUCUGUUUCAAUAAUCCGGUGAGUAAUACGUAAUAUCAAAAGAACAGAGGCCGGCGUGCAAGGUUGUUCAGAACCAUCUGUUCAUCCAUGAAGUGCAAGUACUGCCCAGCCCAAUGCCCCAAGAGCCCACAGUACCCUUGUCAGAAAUCACGAGUAGUACAAGGGCUUGAACACAAAAUGACCCAUUUGAAAAUUCGACCUCCUCCGCUUUGGCGUUGAACAGCAAAUCGCGUGUCAAAACUCAAAAGCGGACAGAAUUAGAAACUUAUAAAAUCUCUCUCGCUGCCUCCACUUCUUCUUCCUCCUCCUCCUCCUCAGAUCCAGCAAUCCGCGAUACCACCAUUAGUACCAUUCGAAGCGCCGCCCUCUACUCGCCGGAGAGGAGGAAGACGGAGCAAAGGGAGCGCAUCAGAUAAGCAGAAGGCAUGGGGCUCCCCGGCGCCGAGCCGCCGGCGGCCAGCGGCGGCGGCCUCCCUGGAUUCUUCGGCGGCAAGAGCAAGUACGUCCGCAUGGACGACGUGCUGCCGCAGGAGCAGGAGGAGGACGGCGUCGGCGGCGGAGGCGGAGGCGUCCGCGUCCGCCGGAGCCACAGCAGCAGGCGCUACGUCUUCGCCUGCUCUGUCUUCGCCUCCCUCAACUCCGUCCUCCUCGGCUACGAUGUUGGUGUGAUGAGCGGCUGCAUUCUCUUCAUCCAGAGAGACCUCCACAUCAAUGAAGUGCAGCAAGAAGUGCUCGUCGGGUGCCUCAGCUUCAUCUCCCUCCUCGGCAGCCUCGCCGGCGGAAGGACGUCGGACGCCGUCGGCCGGAAAUGGACGAUCGGCCUCGCCGCCAUCGUGUUCCAGGCCGGCGCGGCCGUCAUGACGCUCGCCCCGUCGUUCGAGGUGCUCAUGGUCGGGAGGCUGCUGGCCGGCGUCGGCAUCGGGUUCGGCGUCAUGAUCGCGCCGGUGUACAUCGCCGAGAUCUCCCCGGCGGCGUCGCGGGGCUCCUUCACCUCCUUCCCGGAGAUCUUCAUCAACCUCGGCAUCCUCCUCGGGUACAUCUCCAACUACGCCUUCUCCGGCCUCCCGGACCACGUCAGCUGGCGCGUCAUGCUCGCCGUCGGCAUCCUCCCGUCGGUGUCCAUCGCCUUUGCACUGCUGGUGAUCCCAGAGUCGCCGCGGUGGCUGGUCAUGAAGAACAGGGCCGACGAGGCGCGCGAGGUGCUUCUCAAGGUCACCGACAGCGAGGACGAGGCGAAGGAGAGGCUUGCCGAGAUCGAGGCCGCCGCCGCCGUCGCGAGCGCCGGCAAGUACGGCGACAAGACGGUGUGGCAGGAGCUGACGAGGCCGUCUCCGGUGAUCCGGCGGAUGCUCAUCACCGGGCUAGGCAUCCAGUGCUUCCAGCAGAUCACCGGCAUCGACGCGCUCGUCUACUACAGCCCGACGAUAUUCCGGGACGCCGGGAUCACCACCGAGAGCCAGCUCCUCGUCGCCACCGUCGCCGUCGGGUUCUUCAAGACGGCGUUCAUCGCGCUUGCCAUCGUGCUCAUCGACCGCGUCGGGAGGAAGCCGCUGCUGUACGUCAGCACGGUCGGCAUGACGGCCUGCCUCGUCGUGCUCGCGGCGACGCUCGCCGCGCUCGCGCACGGGUCGGCGUCCAGGAGCGCUGGCAUCGCCGUCGCCAUCCUGACCGUGUGCGGCGACGUCGCGUUCUUCUCCGUCGGGAUAGGGCCCAUCUGCUGGGUGAUGAGCUCGGAGAUCUUCCCGCUCCGGCUGCGGUCUCAGGCGGCGGCGCUCGGCGCGGUGAUGAACAGGGUGACCAGCGGCGCCGUGGCCAUGUCCUUCCUGUCCGUCUGCCGCGCCAUCUCGGUUGCCGGCGCCUUCUCCGUCUUCGCCGUCAUAUCCGCCCUGUCCGUCGUGUUCGUCUACCGGUACGUGCCGGAGACGAGCGGCAAGACGCUGGAAGAGAUCGAGCUGCUCUUCGGCGGCGGCGGCGGCGACGGCGAGGCGGCGCGGGGAGAGGUGGAGCUCGGUGACGGCGAGCACCUGGUGCACAAGGGAUGAGGAUCUUGAGUUAUUGACCAAAUGGAUCAAUGUGAACUUGGCCAUUUUUUUAGGUGGGUUUUAACAGUAUUACUAGAUACUGGUGUUGCGGUGAAUGCAAAUUGCAAACCAAAUUGUUUUGUUUUAGAGCACUAAUAGGAAAGAAAAUAUCUCAUACUCUUUUCCAACUUCAGAAUCCUCUGUAGCAUCAACGAAUCAUACAGUGUAAAUGUUGGUGCCACUGUGCCAGUCAAUCAGUCACAGUUGGUAAUGCUAGUAAGCUACACUUGCACAUCCAUGAAACCAUUACAGUGAAUGUAAAUAGAUUCUGAACUGAAUUAUUCAAA